CGCAUCCGAUCUGGGAAGCCGAAGAGGGAAAAAGUCGGGACGACGCUGUUGCAUUUUACUAAGGGAUAGACUGUUUUGUUUAGCGUAUUGACUUUGAAAACUACGAAGGGUCUACUGGAAACUAGAUAAACGCAUCUUGAGCGGUUGGCAACAGGCGGGCCUCGUGCCCUGAGACAGCACCCCAGCUCGGAACCAGGGUGUCAUGGCCGUGGCCCUGCGAAGAUGCAGAGAUCACCGCUUGUAGCGCGCGCGACCCACGGCGCACGGACCGACCUGGCGGCGCACAUGAACGGCCACGCCGCCGAGCUGGACGAGCCCCAGGGCAUCUCGGACGAGCCCCAGUGGCAGCGCGAGAUGGCGGUGGACUGCCCCGGGGACCUGGGCGCCCGCACCCUGCCGGUCCGCCGCAGCGCCCAGCUGGAGCGCAUCCGGCAGCAGCAGGAGGACCGCAGGAGGAGGGAGGAGGAUGGCCGGAGCAAGCAGGAGCUGGAGCUCAACUCCUCCCUGCGCCUCAAGAAGCUGGCGCAGAACCCCAAGGUGGGGAUCGACAACCCCACCUUCGACCCUGUGGAGGGGCCCGGGGGCAUCAUGGGACCGGGUCUAAGUCUGGGAGGAGCCCCCGCCCUGCUGGAGCUGGAGGACUUGUUGAUGUCCCUGAAGCAGGUGCAGCACUGCCUGAGCGACGCGCAGAGCCAGGAGGACGUGGCCCUCGUCCUGCAGCUGGUCCAGAAGUCCGACUUCCAGAAGGCCUUCGGCAUCCACAAUGCGGUGGCACUGCACAUGAACCGGCCCAGUCCCCCCUUCCCCCUCACGGCUCAAGCCCAGGGCCUGGCUCAGGAGGUACAGACUGCGUUGCAGUCGACUCAGCAGAAGGACGGCUUGGAGCUCAAUGCCCUGCUGACCUCCCCACACCUGCAGGGCCUAAUGCAGGCCCACGACAGUGUUGCAGAGCAGGAGAUGCAGCCUGAACCCCUGGUCCCCUCCGACGGGCCCUGCGAGACGCUGACGCAGUACGGAGGCGAGACGGUGAAGAUCGUCCGCCUGGAAAAGGCCCGGGACAUCCCUCUGGGAGCGACGGUGCGGAACGACGCGGACAGCGUCAUCGUGGGCCGCAUCGUGAAGGGCGGGGCGGCGGAGAGGAGCGGCCUGUUGCACGAGGGCGACGAGAUCCUGGAGAUCAACGGCGUGGAGAUCCGCGGGAAGGACGUGAACGAGGUCUUCGACAUCCUGGCUGAUAUGCACGGCACCCUCACUUUCGUCCUUAUCCCCAGCUCGCUAGUCAAGCCCCCACCCCUCAAAGAGACUGUGGUUCAUGUGAAGGCGCACUUUGAUUACGACCCCUCGGAUGACCCCUACGUGCCCUGCCGGGAGCUGGGGCUGUGCUUCCAGAAGGGGGACAUCCUCCACAUCAUCAGCCAGGACGACCCCAACUGGUGGCAGGCCUACAGGGACGGGGACGAGGAGAACCAGCCCCUCGCAGGCCUGGUCCCAGGGAAGAGCUUCCAGCAGCAGAGGGAAGCCAUGAAGCCGACGAUAGAGGAGGACAAGGAGCCUGAGAAGUCAGGAAAGCUUUGGUGUGCAAAGAAGAACAAGAAGAAGAGGAAGAAGAUCCUGUACAAUGCCCAUAAGAAUGAUGAUUACGACAAUGAGGAGAUCCUGACCUAUGAGGAGAUGGCGCUGUACCACCAGCCGGCCAAUCGCAAGCGGCCCAUCGCCCUUAUCGGCCCUCCUAACUGCGGGCAGAACAACCUACGACAGAGGCUCAUGAGCAGUGAACCUGACAGAUUUGCUGGCGCCGUUCCACACACCACGCGGAACAGGCGGGAGAUGGAGGUGAAUGGGCGGGAGUACCACUUUGUGUCGCGGCAGGCCUUCGAGGGGGACACGGCGGCCGGGAAGUUCAUCGAGUCGGGCGAGUUCGAGAAGAACCUGUACGGCACCAGCACCGACUCGGUCCGGCAGGUCAUCAACACGGGCAAGAUCUGCCUGCUCUGCCUGCACACCCAGCCCUGGCUUCCCCAACAGGCCUGGGUGUUGAUAAGGCAGCCAGUCAGCAGGAAGUCCCUGAAGGUGUUGCGAAGCUCGGACCUCAAGCCGUACAUAAUCUUCAUCGCCCCUCCGUCUCAGGAGCGCCUGCGUGCUCUGCUAGCAAAGGAGGGCAAGAACCCCAAGCCAGAGGAGUUGAGGGACAUCAUCGAGAAGGCCCGGGAGAUGGAGCAGAACUUCGGCCACCUUUUCGACGCCGCCAUCGUCAACACGGACCAGGACAAGGCCUACCAGGAACUCUUGCGUCUGAUCAACAAGCUGGAUACGGAGCCCCAGUGGGUCCCCUCCUCCUGGCUACGCUGAGGAUGAGCGUCCUUCCUGAUCUUUCUAAUGAUGCUGAGGGUGAUGGGCCGCUAGCCCUUUUCACUCCAGAAUCCUCUGAAGAUGAUCAGCUCCCAAACUUUCGUUUUUCUGACUACGCCAAGGAUGAUUGGCCCUCCAGCUCUUUCCCCUCCCUCCCCAGUCAUGCUAAAGACUGCAGCAUUGCCCCCCUCCUCCCCAAAUACUCUAUAACGUUAAUAUCACCUAGAGGGAAGGGCUUUCAACUUCAUAUUUUGGCAAAACAGCCAGAUUGUUUCUGAGCCUGCCUUCUUUAAGUGUGCGGUUAUCGUGCAUGCUGGAACGGAGCCCGAAUAUUUUUCCUUUUCUCAGGGGGCUGGAGCUGGGGUAUGACCCUAUUGUAAUUGUUCUCUUUCUUUUGUUUUAUUAUGCUUUCUCUUAUUCUUAAUUGUCAUCAUUCCAGAUAGGCUAUAUCUUCCAGCACUUGGUGGCAGCAAUAGAAAUAGUUGUCCUUUACCGCUUUUUGAUAUCUAUUUAUAAUUGUAAAUAUAUAUUUUAAAAUGAGUUUUGAUGAGGAAAAUUUGUAGUAAGUUACAGAAUACAUAUCCAGUGAAUCACGCCGCACACUAAUUUGCUUUACCGUGACCUCAGGCCCUGUGUGACACGUGAUGGUCUAACGAGUGAGGCGUGCUCAAGUUCUGAGUAGGUCCGAAAUUGUACUAUUUCGGAAAGGGAUGUUACAAUGGCUUCUCUUUUUCCAAUUGUGCCACACAAUUGGACUUUCACUACUAGCCUACUAAUAUGAAUUUUGAAUAGAAAAGUAACACUAAUUAUUUUCAAACCGUCAUCGGUUUUCUGCACGAAGUAGCCUACUAGGUUACUUUCCACCCACCAACGGAGUAUAACGGUGUUCUUUAUUCCGACACUAAUGGCGAAAGCGAAGCAAGUAAAGGAACACACCCUGCUGGGAAUAAAAACAGCUCAAGCUAGGUUUUGAAACAGCUGGUAGCUGGCUGACCAGUUAAGACCAGCUCUAUGCUCAACGCGGUUUGACCAGCUGAAGCUACGUUUUGAAACUGCUGAUAGCCGGUGAUUUCAAGCUGGUCAUAGCUGGAUUUUACCGCAGGCAGCGUCGUACCGUAAUGUUAAAAAGGGAUGAAUUGCAGCUGUGUACCGCUUAAAUCUCGGUUACCUCAGACUGGCACGCGGCUCAGAGACCCGCUGUCAGAGCGAGGCCUUAUUCUGCGUUCACGCGGCCUCAAGAACACAGACGCUGGCGCUUUCAUGUAGCGUCAGGUGCUGCAAUAGCCUAGUUAAAAUAAAACUUGAUUAUGUAGAAUUAAAUGUUUAGAUGAAAACAAAAAAAAUUAACCGAAGAGGCAACAUCGUCUCUUCGUCGUGUCUUUGUAUUUCUGUCAUAGUAUUCGCACGCUUCUCGGAAUCUCUCCAGAAGGGUAACAAGCAGUAUUGUCGGAAAUGGAAGAGCUGAAUCAACGGCACAGGGCCAGCACCAGCCACUGUAAAUGUACAACAUCCCUGUUCGUCUGAGGCCCAAGGUUCUUCACCACGGCUAAACUUGGCCACCCUCCUGUAAAUGGAAUUAAAGGCUUUUUUUCGCCUCACUUUUUGACGUUGGCGUUGCAGAGAUUUGCUGGACCAAAUUGUUGCCCUGGCUCUCCCUCUUGGUAGGUAUAUUAUUAACCUAAAAGGGCUUCACGAAUUUAUUUUUUCUUUUUUUGGUUUGUUUAUUUGUGUGGGUGUGUGACUGCAUGUACAUACACACGCAGCGGUUUGUGAAUAUGUUGAAAUAUUUAUGUGUGUUUAUGUACGUGUGUGUGUGUGUGUGUGUGUUUCAGAGAAAGUGGGCGUGUGUACAUAUCGACUCCUUUACUCAAGGCUGGGUUUGUUUGACCACGCUCAGAUUCGGGGCCGUUUCGUUGCUAUAGAAACGAGUAUUCCUUUUCCCCGCUAGAUCAUUGAAAGCACACGUCGGAAGGUCUGGCCAAGCACUGUUCCAUAUUUUUAUUCGUUAUGGAUAAUCAAAGUGUAUGAAGACUGCAUAUAUAUUUUUAUGUAUUAAAUAGGUCUGCACAGAAUACACCAGUAGGUUUUAUUUUUUAUUUUAAUUUUUUUGCUCUGAUUCUGUUCUCCCACUGCUCCUUUACUCCCUUCCUUCCCACCCUCCCUCCAUCCCACCUUCCCGGUCCCUGGUUCAAGAGGAUGGUUGAACCGUAACUGUGCUUCAUGGACCGCAAGCCCACCCACCCCCCACCCCCCACACCCCCUUGCCCGUAAACAUGUGAUGUAGGAACGAGCCAGUUAACUGGAAGUAGAACUAAUGAAUGUAAAGU